UAGACAAAUCUGUAGAGGCAGAAAGUAGAUUAGUGGUUGCCUGAGGCUGGGGGGAGGGGAAGGGGAAGUGACUACUAAUGUGUAUGGAGUUUUUCUGGGGGGUUGAUGAAAAUGUUAAAUAGAUUGUAGUGAUGGUUGCACAACUCUCAAUAUACUAAAAACCAUUUAAAUUGGUACAUUUGAAAUAGAUGAAUUGUAUGGUUUUGCUUGAAUUAUAUCUCAGUAUAUCUGUAAUUUAAAAAAAUUUAGAAUCCUAAUAACACCCACUUCAUAGGGUUGUGAAAAAUAAAAACAAUGUAUGUAAAACAUUUAGCACAUAGUAGGCACCAAGAAAUGACAGUUAUCAUCAUUGUUAUUAUUAAGAGGAGGCCUGAGAGAGUUGUGCCCAGCCUAUCAUGUAUGGAUUGUCAAAAGUGACAGGUCCACCCCCCACCACAUACCCUUGUCACCACCCAAGGAAGCUUUCACAGCUUGAAGGAGCCAUAUUAAAGUGCCCACAGUCAAGAGAACUGAACCAAAUCUGGAACUCACUGACCUCUCCCAUCACCUCUCUGCUCCUCACCAGCCAGCCUCUCGUCAAGUGAUCGGGCUGUCAACUAGCUUCUCUAGGAUAAGGUUUCAGGUCAGUGGGAAUGUAUAAGACCAGUGCCAAGCUGAGGCGACAGAAACAACUGUGAAUGGCAAGAAGGGGCCCUCAGAUCCCUGCUGCCACCUCCUGGGAUGGAGCCCUAAGAAGCCCCUUUGCUGCCCCUGCCCUGGCUGGACUCACAGCCUUUCCGCUGCACUGAAGCCCACGGCUGCCUCUCUCCUUGGACCUCCUCGGCCCCAAAGGCACCAGGCAGAGCUUUUUGGGACCAUGGUUGGACUAAAGCCUUCAGACGUGCCUCCCACAACGGCUGUGAAGUUCCUGGGGGCAGGCACAGCGGCCUGUUUUGCUGACCUCUUCACCUUUCCACUGGACACAGCCAAGGUCCGCCUGCAGAUCCAGGGGGAGAACCAGGCAGCCCAGGCAGCCCAGGGUGUGCGGUACCGUGGCGUGGUGGGCACCAUCCUGACCAUGGUGCGCACCGAGGGCCUCCUCAGCCCCUACAAUGGGCUGGUCGCCGGCCUGCAUCGCCAGAUGAGCUUUGCCUCCAUCCGCAUUGGCCUAUACGACUCAGUCAAGCAGAUCUACACCCCCAAAGGAGCAGACCAUUCCGGCAUCGUUACCCGGAUUUUGGCGGGCUGCACCACAGGGGCCAUGGCAGUAACCUGUGCCCAACCCACAGAUGUGGUGAAGAUCCGAUUUCAGGCCAGCGUCGCUCUCGGGCCCGGGAGUGACAGGAAAUACAGCGGGACUAUGGAUGCCUACAGAACCAUCGCCAGGGAAGAAGGGCUCAGGGGCCUGUGGAAAGGAACUUUUCCCAACAUCACGAGGAAUGCCAUUGUCAACUGUGCUGAGAUGGUGACCUACGACAUCAUCAAGGAGAAGCUGCUGGACUAUCGCCUGCUCACAGACAACUUCCCCUGCCACUUUGUCUCUGCCUUUGGAGCUGGCUUCUGUGCCACAGUGGUGGCUUCCCCAGUGGACGUGGUAAAGACCCGGUAUAUGAACUCACCACCAGGCCAGUACCGCAGCCCCCUGGACUGCAUGCUAAAGAUGGUAGUCCACGAGGGCCCCACAGCCUUCUACAAGGGAUUUACACCCUCCUUUUUGCGUUUGGGAAGCUGGAAUGUGAUGAUGUUCGUAACCUACGAGCAGAUGCAACGGGCCUUGAUGAAAGUCCAAAUGUUACGAGAAUCUCCUUUUUGAAGAAGACAAGAAGGCAACUGGUACUUAACUUAUAUGAAACCAAGAAUGGAAGAGUGGAAUGAAACAGUAGAUCCACAUAUACAUGGACACAGACUACACAUGUUUACAGAACUAUUUAUUUGUUGCUGAUUCAAGAAACAGAAGUAGAAGAAGAAGAAGAUUCUGGUCUUCAGUGCUUUAUCUUAAGAACACUUUUGUUUUGCACUGACAAGAUGGAGAAUAAAUUAUAUUAAUUUUUGAAACCCAUUAGACAUGCCUAACAUUUAGGCAAGAGAAACCAAAACAGAUCCAUUUGGAUAUAACGGAAGUUUGUAAACUUGUAUCCUCCAUAAAAUCUGAUUAGACAAUGAAUUAUAAGCAGGAAAGACUGCAAAUGCGGGACAGGAGUGGCCCACAAUACAGUUUGAAAUCAGCCAUGGAGUCUAGAGGAAUGCUACCAAAGCACCACAAAGCUGUGACUACAGGCCUCGUGGUCACACAUGGAUCAUCAGCCUAUUUGUAAUGUGUCUGCCACGUAGAAUCCACUGGGAUUCUAAGAUAUGUGAGAAAUAAAAGAGAAAACCUAGAACCUGUGCCAAAGGAGCCCUGAUGAGCCAAUGUGAGGCUGAGGCUUGCAAAUAUUCCCUUGAUUGGAGAAUCAAGAGGGUAGCCUCAGUCCCCCUUCUUGUAAAAUGGAGGUAAUAAUCCCUUCCCUGCCUACCUCACCAGGGUAAAGGUCAUGUGAGAAGCUGGGCAUGAAGGCACUUUAUAAAAACAAAAGCUCUGGACAAAUGUAAACAUAAGGACACUGCCUUGGGAGAGAUUUGUCAGGACAGAGAGGAACUGCCAGAGAAUAAGUUUUUGAAAGACACAGUUGUCUAGUGAGACCAAAAGAACCCAGGGACUCAGGGGCAGGGGGUAACAGUGGAUGACAUGAAUCUGCAGGAGCCCCACUCCCUUGCAGCCCCCAGUCCCUGGCUCGAUUGUGAGCACACUGAAAGGUUGUGGGGCUUGAGGUAAAAGACGUAGAUGUCUGGCCAAGAGCCUAAAUUAGCAAGACUCAGAAUUUUUGGAAAAUUAUUAUGACUCAAUAAAGGAAUUCACACCUCAGGUGGGGAAUAAGAGCAGUUGCUUUUCUGCCUUCUCUUUCUUGAAUAGAGAUUUCC